AGGGGCCAUCCUAUUCUAUCCACUUCGACAGUCCGUUGAAACUGAAGCUACCUCCGCAGAUAAGCAAAAAGCUUCCAACACAAAAUACCUUCACUUGCUACACCUACAAUUUCUACCGGAGAGGGAGAAGAUACAGAAAUGGCAGCUGCGGUUCUAUCUUCUUGCUUCGCUCUUCCUGCAAAGCUCCAGAACCUUUCGCUCAAUACUACUUGCUCUACUGCUUCUUCCUCUUCCCCAACUUUCAGGUCUCUCAGUUUCUCCUCCGCCCUCUCCCACAAUUUCUUCAACAAAGGGUGUUUGUCAAUGAGCAUUGUUAGAAGACCAACUGGGUACUCAAUUGUAUGCGAGGCGGCUCCAAAGAAAAAGGCUGAUUCUGCAGAUAAGAGAGCUCGCCAAGCUGAGAAAAGGCGGGUUUACAAUAAAGCACGAAAAUCUGAAAUUAGAACCCGUAUGAAAAAGGUUAUGGAAGCAUUAGAUGACCUGAAAAAGAAACCGGAUGCACAAGCAGAGGAAGUCCUCCCCAUUGAGAAACUAAUUGCAGAAGCCUACUCGGUCAUUGAUAAGGCAGUAAAAGUAGGAACAUUGCACAGAAAUACUGGAGCACGUAGAAAGUCAAGACUUGCUAGGCGAAAGAAGGAUGUGGAGAUUCACCAUGGUUGGUACACCCCUGCUCCUGUAACAGCCAGUUAGGACCUUUGUUUGCUUGAACUAUAAGAGGAUGGGAAAUGGAUUUUUGUGUUAUACAUGCAGAAUAUUGCGACUAUUUCUCUGUUACAUAUGUAUAAUUCCCGUUGUUGCAUUUCAUAGACCAGUUAUUAGUACUGUAUAUGCUAUUUGUAACCUGUUUUAUUUGUUGAACGUUUUUCUCAUUUGAGAUGUAGAACAGCAAGUUUGAAUGACCUAUGGAUUCUAUCAUUUGGCAAGAAA